AUGGCGUUCCCUGUUGCUUCGGACAAAUCUGGGCCUCGUCAGCUCCCGACCCGAGUGAGCAAUGCGUGCGAAAGGUGCCGUCGCAACAAGAGCCGAUGCGAUCCAUUCCGGCCAUGCUCGCUCUGCGUUCGAGCAAACAUCGAAUGCUCAUUCGCUAGCGGCGAAGCUCCUAGCCGUGUGCUGAAAAGGAAGCGUACGCAAGGUCCUUUGCGAGAGACUUCUCGAGAGCAGGACCUUAUUCCAAACCAUGGCGACUCUCGUAGAGCGAUCGAGCCUGACGUCAUCGACAUUGAAGAGAGCAGGCGGCCAAGCAUAGCAGAAGGCGAGCUGGAUUCUGCGAUGGGCAUCGCGCAGAAAAUGUACCAACUGGGCAGCCAGCCUACAUUAAAGCGAAUAACUUCCGCCAUACCGGGCGGCGAUGUCUACAAUAGGCACCCAGCAUCUCGCCUAGAUCGCACCCAAAGGCGUCCAAUAUUGUCCGUCCUAGGAUAUCCUUUACCGCCUAUGGACAUGAUUUACACACUGCUUGAAGAGUAUUUCAACUCGGUGCACUGGUUCUCGCUCGUUAUAUUCGAGCCGCGGUUUCGGUCCAAGGUCGAGUCUAUCCGAGACGGUCUAGUUCAUCCCUCACAGAAGUCAUUUCUCCUACUAUUAUCAACAGUUAUUGGUAUGGGAGCAUGGUAUAAGUCUCAUAGAGCCGGAGUUGAUGCGGACUUUCCAGACGAGGACUGGCGAGCAUGGUCACUCUCGCUAGUACAGGGUACUGGAUCCCAGCUCACGGAUUUGAUGGAUCAAAGCUCGAUCGCAUCUGUUCAAGCUUGCAUCUUGCUUGGCUCCUAUUACGUCUACCAUGGCAAACCUAACCUUUCGUUUGCACUACUAGGCGCCACUAUAAGAACGGCACAAGCUAUUGGUCUUCAUCGGCAACCGCUGCGAGGUGAUCCUGGUAGCAUUGAAGAGAGGAAGAGGGUCUGGUGGACCAUCUACACCUGGGAUAGAUUUGCCUCAGUUACCUAUGGCAGGCCUCUUGGGAUCAACGACAAAGAUUGCAACGUCACGCAUCCGAUCGAUACAUGUGAGUCGCCAUGUUUCAAGCCAGAACGCAGUACGAGCACCGAUAUCUCGAUCUGUUAUUCCUCCUAUCAGCGAGAACUCAACAAAUUAUACCUAAUCGCGUCACCGAUCAUCGAGAUCAUCUUCGGCAUGCGCGCCGUCGGAUCAAGCGGACCAUCUGCAGGACCCCAGUACAUGACUCAAAUUAUGGAAGUGACUGAAAAGCUGUGGGCAUGGCGCCGGCGUCUGCCACCCCAUCUACUACUCGACAUGAGUUCUGAUUGUGAGCCGAACCAGUUACAAACGUCCAAAGUGCAUCGGCUACAAGCACUGUCCCUGCAGCUCACGUUUGACAACCUACUUAUCAUCUUCCAUCGACCGUUGUUGGCACAACAAGUCGACCAACUCAUCAGGAACCAACCCGACAACGGUCAGGUCGCGACGCAAUCACCCUCGGGUCUCACGCAUACACCAUCAUCAUUCUUCACGACCAGUACCAAUAGCCCUUUGUCCGGGUCGCACAUGUCAAGCACUGAACAGUGGUGGGAUGCAGCACUACGGACGUCAAAAGUGACAGAGAUGCCGCAACUCGCUCAGCUAGCCACCGACAGCCAUCUGGUUGCAUUUCUAGCCAUCAAUCUGUUCAACUCCGCUAUUGUCAUGGCUGUUCUGGCCUUGUCCGACCCGCUUUCUGAUAGAGCGCAAGAAGUUAAAAGAACUAUCACGCGUAUAUUUCGGCUGCAAGAGCUUCUUGGCAAGAAGACUCAACUCUCGAUGCAGAGCAAUAUUGUGCUAAAAGAUGUCAUUCAACUGCUCCUACGCCGGGAAACUGAUGCUAUGUUGGCCCCAGUUUAUGAUCAGGAAACACACGCGGUUGAUGGUGAUGACAGAACGAUGUUGCAGUCGGAAGCAACGCUAAUGUCCGUUGAGGAUACUCUCCGUUUACCACUUCAGCUACCAGCGGGCAUAGUCAACAGUCAACAGGGCCGAUCAUAUAGUAGAGCAGACCGGGUUCUACGGUUGAACGAAAGUCUUGCUUCCGUUCAAAGAGUAUUACCUGCCGGAUUUGACGGAAUUUACGGUGACGAUAACGCUAGCAACCAGGGGCUUGGGCAGCGUCAAGAUGUCGCAAGCCACUUCCCCGCAGGCAGUACCGAUGAAUGGUCCCAUACUGACUUGCAAAGCUUCAACUUUGGAGGCGAGUCAGACUGGGUCAACGACGACGACGGUGUCGAUGCGACAGGAAAUGGGCUAUACUGGUUCUGGGACUCUAUCUGGAGCGGAUCUCAGUCAUGA